GACUCAAGUGAUUCAUUGGUGACAGAACAGGCUCCGGCCAGAUCAGGACUAUAUUCACCUGAUGAGCAUCAGCGAAGCUCCAGAUCUCAUUCAAGCGCUUCAGUAAAAGCUGUUUGCUGUGCGAACGUGAUGGUCCUGGUCCUGGUCCUGGUCCCAGGGUAGCAGCAUCAUCAGAGGAAGACAUUAAUAGCUGAUCAUCAUUAAGUUUUGAGAGACCUGACCUGUACUAAGCAUCAUGGGUGGAGUGGUAGUGGACACUGGCAACAGUGGGGUCAAGGCACCUGAUGGAGGAUGGGGUUGGGCUAUCCUUUUUGGCUGCUUUGUCAUCACUGGCUUCUCCUACGCCUUCCCCAAAGCAGUCAGCGUCUUCUUCAAAGAGCUCAUCAGGGAGUUUGGAGUGGGCUACAGUGACACUGCUUGGAUUUCCUCCAUUCUUCUAGCAAUGCUUUACGGCACAGGGCCACUGUGUAGCAUCUUGGUGAACCGGUUUGGCUGUCGCCCUGUGAUGAUGGUGGGUGGCCUUUUUGCCUCCUUGGGUAUGAUCAUGGCUUCCUUUGCAACCAACAUCAUCCACAUCUAUCUCAGCACAGGGGUCAUAACAGGUUUGGGUCUUGCCUUGAACUUUCAACCAUCCCUCAUCAUGCUGAACAGAUACUUCAGUGAGAAACGGCCCUUGGCUAAUGGGCUCGCUGCAGCUGGAAGUCCCGUGGCUCUAUGCUGUUUGUCUCCUCUUGGCCAGAUACUUCAGUACAAGUAUGGUUGGCGAGGAGGCUUCCUCAUCCUUGGAGGCUUGCUGCUAAACUGCUGUGCCUGUGGGGCUCUCAUGAGGCCCUUGAUUGCUCCAAAAAAGAAGAAUGAGGUGGAAGAAAAAGAAAAGGAAGCGAAACCUCAAGCGAAACCCAAGUUGCUUGAUUUUACCGUCUUCAGAGAUCGUGGCUUUGUGAUUUACACUGUGGCUGCGGCCAUUAUGGUGCUAGGUCUAUUUGUGCCUCCUGUGUUUGUGGUAAGCUAUGCCAAGGAAUUGGGGAAUGAGGACACAAAGUCUUCCUUGCUGCUCACCAUACUGGGGUUCAUCGAUAUCUUUGCCCGGCCCACAUGCGGUAUCAUCGCUGGGCUCAAGUGGGUGCGUCCACGAUGUGUCUACCUCUUCAGUUUCGCUAUGAUCUUCAAUGGUACCACCGAUCUUGUUGGCUCUCUGGCCAAAGACUACUCCUCUCUUGUGGUGUUCUGCAUCUUCUUUGGUAUCUCCUACGGCAUGGUUGGAGCCUUGCAGUUUGAAGUGCUGAUGGCCAUUGUGGGAACAGAGAAGUUCUCCAGUGCUAUUGGCUUGGUGCUGUUGAUUGAAGCCAUUGCUGUGUUGGUGGGACCACCUGGAGCAGGUCGCCUUCUGGAUGCCACAAAGAACUACAUGUACGUCUUCCUGCUGGCAGGCUGUGAGGUGGUCCUCUCGGCCCUUGUGCUGGCCAUCUGUAACUUGCUCUUCAUCAAGAAGCCCCAACAGCCUGACCCUUCAGCCAAGAUGGAGAUGGCCAUUACUGAGGCAGAAAUGGAGGAGCUCAACAAAAUACAACAUGAGGAGCAAGACAAUGGAGGUGGUUCUGGUGAGACUACGAAGGAGCAAGUCGAACAAAGCGUUAAGGAAACAACUACAAAGUCUGAGGAUACAAAGGUUAAAGAGCCUGAGAGCGUAGGGGUGGACUCGAUAGAGCUUGAGACCAUUCCCAAAAAGGUGAUGGAAGCAAAUGGUGUUGUAGUUGAACCUGAAUCCUCCCUGUAAGAGAUCUACUGUAGAACAAUAGAUAUGACAAAACAACCCCAGUAAGACUCAUGAACGUGCUCGGUCCAUGGAAACCGAGAUGUUAAACUCAUUUGAUGUUGCGGUGUAUGCUUUUCUGUAUUGUGCUUGGAGUAUGUCUCAUCUGGUUAUAAAGGACCACUUUUCAAUCUGCUCUGCAUUUCAGAUAGAUAGUAGCACAUGCAUCUGAAGUGAUUUAGACCUUUCACUGCCUUGUAUGCUAACAACAGUUGACAGGAUAUGUUCUCAUACAUGUAUUAAAAAGGUUCUUCUGACAAUGACAAUGAUUUAUCAAAGGUGUAAGAUUACGAUUAUUUGGUUAUUUGUACAGAACCUUUUAGGAGUUUUAAAAUGUGAACAUUUCAAUGUGCAAGAGAUUUUUUUUUUUUUUUUUCUUAAACUUUAUUCAGGUUGUACUGCAUUUUUGGCCAAAGGGACUCCACAUCAGAGCAAGGCACCAGAAUUAUAGUGAAGAUUACCAGCUUGCUUGGUUUGUGGCAUACAGUAAUCGCUAAUGUGGAUUGUUUAAAGUAUCUUUAUAAUCUAUUGUAAUGUAUCAAACUGGUCCGGAGAGAGCACAGGAGUUUAAGGAGAAUUAUUAGAUUUUAAGGUUGUAUCAAAGUUCCGUGUUUCAGACAAAUCCUAACAGACUUGCUUACCCAUAAGUAUGGAAUGCUAGGCACAAAUGAUCAGCUGACGAGCUUGUUUGUAUGAAACAUGGUCCAAGUAAUAGUCUCUUUAAAUUGAACACUUUGUGUCUUUUGGAAUGUACAGAAUUCAUAAGUAUUUUUGUGUAGUGUUUUCAAAGGAUAUUACUGUUGGAGGGCACAGCUCUGUAACAUUUUUAUAGUGCUUUUUGCUAUUUUAUUUUACAGUCAUUUUAACAGUAUUUAUUGUAGACAUGUUGAUGUCAUUUGGCAGCUACACCACUUUAUCUGUACAUUUAUUUAUCUAAAUGUCUGUGUGUGUUCAAUCCAGCUGCAUCAAUUGAAAGGAGGGGACCAUUUAGUGAGCUUGUACAUGUGAUAUGAUGGUUAUAUAACAGCAUGUAUUGUUAGCGACAUCUCAGUGGGCACCUUUUUGGAAACCAAAUCUAAAAAUGAUUACAAAAAUACAUGUGGGGCCGAUAAAACCUUUUACCUCUAUUUUUGUACGUCUUUCACCAGCAGUUUGUGACAAGGGACCCUCUUCUACUUUUUUCGUACUAAAGACACUUAUAUUUUUUGGUUGUGCCUUAAGUCUGAUUUGUAGCCAUACCUAAUUUGUUGUGAAUCAUUCUAGAAAUAAAUGCAUCCCUCCUGUA